CACCAAAUUUUGUGUAUUUUCUUUAUAUUUUUUCAAUAUUGUUCUCUCUCUAUUGUUGUUUUGCCAAUCUCUAUGGGUGUUCCUUUACAAUUACCAAACCUUUACCAUCACUACUUCCACUCCCAACACCCAAUACGAAUCAAAGCCCACACGCUUUUACAUUCAUUCAUUUCGUCAUCGUCAUCGCCUCUCCUCAUCUUCCUCACUUUCCCCAUCUCUCCGACGGAUUACCGGCCGUUGAUCUCUGUUGACUCUACUCGGUACCCUUCAAUUUCUUCUCUUCUUUCUGAAUUUCCCCUUAAUUGUGCUUUCUUUCUGAUUUCUUGCCUUUUGGGUGUCAAAAAGUUCAGUGUUUCCUAGCUGGGUUCCUGUGUUUUGGGCCCUUCAAGCUCUUGAACUCCUUCGUUUUUCAUGAUUUGGUGCGAAUUCUUGUUAUGGGUUUGUGGGUUGCUCUUAAUUGGAAUUGUGGAUGCGUCGGUUUCUUGUUUCUGGACUUCUGGGGUUGGAGUGAAGCUGAUUAGAACUCGUUAGGAAUUUACUUGUUUUGGUUGAGGGGUUUUUCAGCUUUGAUCUGUUGCUGGGAUUUGGUUACCGUUUUGUGCUUAAUUGUUUUCGUCUUCAGAGGGAGUUGAGUUGAAUAAUUGGAUCUUCUCAGUCUCCUCUACUUUUUGAGAAAUGGAGGCUGGAUAUGGAGGUGAAGCUUGUCAAUUAUACGGUAUGGGUACUAUGGACUUGAGGGCUGCUGUUGGGAAGCGGAAUCUGGAAUGGGAUUUGAAUGAUUGGAAAUGGGAUGGAGAUCUCUUUAUUGCCAGGCCUUUAAAUACGGUGGAAUCUGAUCAUUUGAGCAGGCAGCUUUUUCCAAUCGUCUCUGGGAUUCCCCUAACGAAUGGGGGUUCGUCGAAUAGUUCCUCGUCGUGCUCUGAUGAAGCUAAUAUGGGGAUUGAGAAAGGGAAAAGGGAAGUGGAGAAGAGAAGGAGGGUUACUGUAAUAGAAGAUGAGAAUCUUAAUGAUGAAGCGCGUACUUUGAGUUUGAAGGUUGGUGGAAAUGGUUCCCAGAUUGUUGAGAGAGAAGCAGGGAGUUGGGAAGGAACAAGUGGGAAGAAGACUAAAUUGGCUGGGGGAAAUUCAAAUCGUGCAGUUUGCCAGGUCGAGGACUGCGGAGCAGAUCUGAGUAACGCAAAAGAUUAUCACAGACGACAUAAAGUCUGUGAAAUGCAUUCUAAGGCGAGUAAUGCACUUGUUGCAAAUGUUAUGCAGCGAUUCUGUCAACAAUGUAGCAGGUUCCAUGUUCUUCAAGAGUUUGAUGAAGGGAAACGAAGUUGUCGCAGGCGUUUGGCUGGCCAUAAUAAGCGUAGAAGAAAAAUUAAUCCAGAUAAUGUUGUUAAUGGAAACUCCCCACCUGAUGAGCAGACUAGUAGCUAUUUACUGUUAACUCUAUUGCGAAUACUUGCAAACUUACACUCCAAUGCAUCAAAUCAGACCACAGAUCAGGAUCUUCUUUCUCAUCUUAUACGAAGUCUUGCCUGCCAAUCUAGUGAGCAUGGGGGAAAAAACCUAUCUGGGAUUCUGCAUGAACCCCAGAAUUUGCUGAACAACGGGGCAUUAAUUGGUAAAUCAGAUCUAGUUUCUACUUUUCUCUCAAAUGGUCCUCAGGUGCCUUUGAGAUCUUCUAAACAACAUGACACGAUACCUAUAUCUGAGACACCAGUACAAGCCAUUAGUAGGGGUGGUGAUACACCAGCUAUAUCUUCUGUUAAACCAAGCACUUCGAACAGCCCUCCUGCUUAUUCAGAAAUCAGGGACAGUACAGCUGGACAGUGCAAGAUGAUGAACUUCGAUCUGAAUGAUGCUUAUGUUGACUCAGAUGAUGGCAUGGAAGAUAUUGAGAGACAAACACUCCCAGUGCACAUGGGAACAAGUUCUCUUGAAUGCCCUUCUUGGGUGCAACAGGACUCUCAUCAGUCAAGUCCCCCUCAAACCAGUGGAAAUUCAGAUUCAGCAUCUGCCCAGUCACCUUCUAGCUCUGCUGGAGAAGCCCAGAGCCGCACAGACCGCAUCAUUUUGAAAUUGUUUGGGAAAGCACCAAAUGAUUUUCCUCAUGUUUUGCGAACUCAGGUUCUCGAUUGGUUAUCACAUAGUCCCACGGAAAUAGAGAGCUAUAUCAGGCCUGGUUGUGUUGUUCUAACAAUAUACCUACGGCAGACUGAAGCUGCUUGGGACAAUCUUUGCCAUGACCUCAGUACCAGUUUUAAUAGGCUUCUUGAUGUUUCCAAUGAUGCUUUCUGGAGAACUGGAUGGGUUUAUGUGCGGGUUCAGCACCAAAUAGCUUUUGUUUAUCAUGGUCAGGUUGUAGUUGACACCUCCUUGCCUCUUAGAAACAAGAAUUACUGUAGAAUCACAAGUGUAAACCCAGUUGCCAUUUCUACGUCUAAGAAGGCUAUGUUUUCAGUUAAAGGAAUAAACUUGACCCAACCUACAACUAGGUUACUCUGUGCAAUUGAAGGGAAAUAUCUAACUCAGGAAGCUUCUGAUGAGUCAACAGAAAGUGGUGAUAACUUGAAGGCGCAAGAUGACAGCCAAUGUGUUACCUUUUCCUGCUCUAUUCCUGUCGUCUAUGGAAGGGGAUUCAUUGAGGUUGAAGAUGAUGGUUUUAGCAGCAGUUCCUUUCCUUUUAUAGUUGCAGAGGAGGAUGUUUGUUCUGAGAUCUGCACACUUCAGAGUGCAUUGGAAUUAACUGAAACAUGUUCAAAUUCCGGGGAAACUGCAGAGCUGGAAGGAAGGAGUAACGCGAUGGAAUUUAUUCAUGAAAUUGGUUGGCUGUUUCAUAGAAAUCAAUUGAAGUCUAGAUUAGGUCACUUGGAUCCUAAUGAAAGUCUCUUUUCACUGCCACGGUUCAAGUGGCUCAUGGAGUUCUCCAUGGACCAUGAUUGGUGUGCUGUGGUUAAAAAGCUGUUAGACGUUCUUCGAGAUGGGACCGUGGAUACUGGAGGUCAUCCAUCCUUGAAUCUAGCAUUGAUGGAGAUGGGUUUACUUCACCGAGCCGUGAGAAAAAACAGUAGAUCACUGGUAGAGCUCCUUUUGAGAUAUCCUUCAAAAGUGAAGGAUGCAUCAAGUUCUGAAGAGAGUGCAUCCGCUGAUGGAGGGACCGAUAGCUUCCUGUUUAGACCUAAUGUUGUAGGCCCGGCUGGUUUGACACCUCUUCACAUUGCAGCUGGUAAAGAUGAUUCCGAGGAUGUUCUUGAUGCAUUAACCAAUGACCCGGGAAUGGUGGGAGUUGAGGCUUGGAAGAGUGCUCGAGACAGCACGGGCUCAACGCCAGAGGAUUAUGCCCGCUUACGUGGCCAUUACUCGUAUAUUCGCCUUGUCCAGAGGAAAAUCAACAAGAGAUCUGCAGCUGGGCAUGUAGUGCUGGAUAUUCCUAGUUCUCUCUCAGAUGGUAGCUGGAAUCAAAAGCAAAACACUGAUUUGACCACCUCCGGGUUUGAGAUUGGCAGGACGGAACUAAAACCUAGUCAUCAGCAUUGCAGGCUUUGUGUCAGGAAACCGCUGGGUUGUGGAACAUCGUCUAGCGCGUCACUGGUCUACAGGCCUGCAAUGCUUUCAAUGGUGGCCAUUGCUGCUGUUUGUGUCUGCGUGGCACUCCUAUUUAAAAGCUCGCCUGAGGUUCUUUAUGUCUUCCGGCCCUUCCGAUGGGAACUACUAGAUUACGGUACUAGUUAGACCCAUCUAUAAAUUAUCUACCUGACUAAAUUAUAGGUAAUGUAUUUGUAUGGAGUUAUGAAGUUGAAAUUCAGUAGAACUUGUAAUGAGUUCCAGAUUGAUAUACUCUAUUCACGUGUUAUCGAAAUUCGCUAUACUCGGCCAUC